AUGGGUGCCCAGGCUGUGCUCGGCCUCCUGGUGUGGGCUCUCCUUGCUGACACCACCUACCACCUCCAUGCAGCGUAUGGCUGGGUGCUGUUUGUGUCCAUCUUCCUCUGGGUAGCGACAGUCCUGCUCUUUGUGAUGUACCUCCUGCAGCUCCCCAUGAAGUUCUACAUGGUCCCCUGGCCCCUCAUGCUGAUGAUCUUCAACGCAGUGGCAACCGUUCUGUACAUCGCUGCCUUUGUCACAUGCUCAGCAGCCGUGCGUCCCACCUCGUGGCGCCAGUGGGAUUACAACAGGAGAGCUGCCGCCUCCUUCUUCGCCGGCCUCGUGAUGCUCACCUAUGGGGCGAGCACCUUCUUCAGCUUCCGUGCCUGGAAAGGACUGGGCAGCAACGCAGCCACCAGCCAGGCGGCCAGCCAUGCUUGAGGCCGCCAUCGUUGCCGCUGUCCAUGGUGCUGCAGUCCCAUCCGUCAGCGCUCUGCUCUCGGGUGACUGCGAGAUGCUGAGGGCUCACCGAGGUUGAAGCUCCUGGUGGUCCUCACACGGUGCACAGGAGCCAGCUGCUCACUGGAACACUUGUAGCGAGGAGGCUCACCACGUUGGGUGCACUCCAGUACUAACAUUCACUAAACCAAGCCCGCGUGGCUGCCUGUGGUCGUGCACAGAUGCGGUGUAAAUAAUUGCAAUUAACUUCUGUCAGUGGGGUCAGAGCUGGAGGAUGAAGUCUAAACUGUAGGGCUCAUAAGAAGUCUAAACUGUUAUCACACUGAUCUUCAAAAUAAAAAAGUCAAAGCACGGUUUUAUGCUUGAAAUAAAUAUCUUCCUAAAUCCAA